AUGGCCGUCGAGUACAAUGGCACUCUCGCGACGGGAGGUGACUCGCUGACCGAGGAUCUCAACAUCUACUAUGAGGCCGGUGACAUCGCUUGGAUGAUCACCGCCACCGCCCUCGUCCUUCUCAUGAUUCCAGGAGUCGGAUUCUUCUACUCGGGUCUUGCCCGCAGAAAGUCCGCCCUCUCCCUCAUCUGGCUCUCGGUCAUGGCCGCAGCCGUGGUCUCCUUCCAAUGGUUCUUCUGGGGCUACUCGCUCGCCUUCUCCCACACCGCCGGCAAAUACAUUGGGGAUCUGGAGAACAUUGGUUUCCGCAACGUGCUGGGAGCUCCGUCGAUUGGUUCGAGCAAGAUUCCAGAUCUCAUGUUUGCUGUCUACCAGGGCAUGUUUGCCGCGAUCACCGUUGCUCUUGCUGUUGGCGCCGUAGCUGAGCGAGGCCGCCUGCUUCCCACUGUCGUGUUCAUGUUCGUUUGGACAACCGUCAUAUACGAUCCAAUUGCCUGCUGGACCUGGAACUCUUCGGGAUGGGUCUUCAAGAUGGGUGGUCUCGAUUUCGCCGGAGGCACCCCGGUACACAUCUCCUCUGGAGCCGCCGCGCUCGCUUACUCGAUCAUGUUGGGCAAGCGCCGUGGCCACGGCACCCACGAGCUGAACUACCGCCCGCAUAACGUGACACACAUUGUCAUCGGGACCGUUUUCCUGUGGGUGGGUUGGUUCGGAUUCAACGCGGGUUCCGCGCUCGCCGCCAACCUCCGAGCCGUCAUGGCUGCCGUUGUUACCAACCUGGCUGCCUGCGUCGGAGGGAUCACCUGGUGUGUCCUUGAUUACCGCCUCGAGCGCAAGUGGUCCACCGUCGGCUUCUGCUCCGGUGUCAUCGCGGGUCUCGUUGCCGUCACCCCCGGUUCCGGGUUUGUCCCCGCUUGGGCUGCUAUCGUCUACGGUGUCGUCGGAGCCGCAGGAGCCAACUACGCCACCAAGCUCAAAUUCGUCCUCGGAAUCGACGAUGCACUCGACAUCUUCGCCGAGCACGCCGUCGGCGGCUUUAUCGGCAACAUGCUCACUGCCUUCUUUGCUGCCGACUACAUAGCCCAUCUCGACGGCUUCUCCGAGAUCGAUGGCGGCUGGAUCAACAAGCACUGGGUCCAGCUCGGUUACCAAGUCGCCGACUCGGUCUCCGGACUUGCAUACUCCUUCUUCGGAACCUGCAUUAUUCUCUUCGUGAUGAACCUCAUCCCUGGCCUGUCCCUGCGCGCUUCGGAGGAGGCUGAGAUUCUCGGUAUCGACGAUGCGGAGAUUGGCGAGUUCGCGUACGACUACGUUGAGUUGACCCGCGAGGUCCUGAACGACGUCGAUGAUUCGGCUAGCAAGUACUCUCACUCGAAUCUUCGCCACGACGGCGUUGAGAAGCCGAUCUCGUCUUCCGAAGACCGCCGUGAUACCAUUGAGCAAAUUUAA